AUGAAGCACAACCGCACACCAUCAGUGCGAACAGUUGAGACGAUAGCCGCCAUAAGCUCAGCGAUUCAGCAAAGCCCAAAGAAGUCCAUUUGUCCCAUGUUGAGUCAGACAUCUGUGAAUGCAGCCUACUUCAAGGGGCAAUGGUUAAACCCAUUUGAGGCGAACGAGACCAAGAAUGCAGCCUUCAUCCUGGAGACUAGCAAACGGGACAUCAUCCCAGUUCCCACUAUGCAUCAAUAUGACUCUUACUUUCCCAUUGGGGUGUCAGAGGAACUGAUGGCGUCUGUGAUCGAGCUGCCAUAUGCAGGAGGAGAUGGGAAUGAGUUGGCCAUGUUCAUCGUGCUCCCAAAGCAAACGGAUAAUUAUACACUUGACGAAAUGCUUCAACGUCUGACCCCAGAGAACCUCAAGGAAGCCAAGGAUCUUGUCUUCCGCAAACAAGUCGCCUUACUCUCCCUCCCCAAAUUCAAACUCCAAAAGGAAUUCAAUCUUGUGCCUGUCCUGUCUGAGAUGGGGUUGAAGUCUCUGUUUGACCCACUGCAGGCCAACUUUUCUUGUCUGACACCAAUUCUCAAGACAUCUCUGUCCAGUGCUGACCAUAAAGCAGUGAUUGAGGUAAAUGAGGAAGGGACAGAAGCAGCAGCAGCAACAGCAUUCCUUGCCUUCCGCUCUGGACGCUUGGACCCCAUUGAGCUCCGUAUCUCCCAUCCAUUUUUCUACUUCAUCUACCACCAUGACACUGACAGCAUUCUCUUUAUGGGUGUUGUCCGUAACCCCCUCAGCGACUGAAUAUGGUUGUGAUUGACAGUGCAUGUGCCAUGACAAUAUGCUUGCUUGGAGCUGUUUUUCUUAUGUGGAAGCUAGUCCCCUUGUAUAUACUUUUUUUUUAAAUCAAGCAUAUAACUUGACUAAGAGGUGAAUGAAGUACAAAAUAGAGACAAA